CCAACAGCGCAGUAAUAUUACUUGUGGUUAUUAUUAACUACUACAGAUAGGAGUCAAAGUAAGAACCCCAACAUACCACCUCCUCACCUAGCCUUACUCCAACAGAGUACAAUAAACAACCAUACCUCCCUCGCCCAUCAUCCAAGCAGAAACAUACAUAAUCCAUCCCUACAACAUGCUCGACACCGAGUCCACGAGCACGCCAACAACACCUCCAUCACCAAGUAAAUGCGCAACGGCUUUCCGCACCCCUACACCAUUGACAAGAAACACAAAUGACUGGAGUCGGUGUUCUCAUCCUCACCGACCUACAAGUUCACCAUUUGUCCUAUUGACAAGCUCGAUGGCAAUGGCUAUACCCCUGCCAUCAACAGGAUAGGUCUCAAACCACACAAUAAUAUGAAAUACCGCACCAUGAAAGUCGGAUACUGGCUCAGCAAGAGCUACUGGGACCAUGGCAUCACGACAGCAGCAGUAAAGGCCUUUUCAGCCUGGACUUUCAAGACCUUCCCACACCUGCUUAAGUUAAAGGCGGAGGUGUUCGGGGAUAAUACUGCAAGUGCACGUGUAUUAACCAAGGCGGGGUAUACCCUUGAAGAACAGAAGAGACAGGCAGUUGAGAAGAAUGGCGUGGUUAUAGAUUUGCUGGUUUUUGGGCUAGUGAGGGAUGGGUAG